UUGUAUAGUACCUUGUUUGUUCCUAUUCAAUUAUCAAUGGAAUUUUGAAUAUGAUAUAAUAUAAGAUAUGGAGACUCCUGUUUUAACUAAAAAGCAACUUAAAUCAUCACUUUCAGCAAAAAAACAACGACCAAAAGAAACAAUAAAAAAUGUCUUGGCUUUACCUUACAAUAAUAAUUUUUGGCCGGAAGUAUCACCUGAAGACCAGAAGGAACUUAAGGAUCUUAUAAUACAGCACAUGCCUGUGAUAAGAGAUAAACAGAUUAAAGUUCCCUGGAAAGAGUUAAAGACUGUUCCAAAAGCGAACAGAAAAGCGUUUCGAAAAGAAUACAACGAAAAACUUCUUGGACCUCAACCAUCCAAAAAAUGCUGUUCUGGAAUUAGUUUCGGUAUCAACAGCAUGUCAAAAUUGUUGGAAAAAAAUUUUGCCCAAGCCAUAUUACUUGAUGCAGAAACUAUGCCUAGACUUUUAGUUCAACAUCUUGUAGACCAAGCUGUUCUGUAUACAGUGCCAAUAAUAUGUGUUACUGGCUUGAAAGAAACAUUAAAAUCUGUGACAGGAAUAAAUAGUGUAGUUGUCGCAUUUAGCAAGGAGAUAACAUCUGACAAUUCAGUAAAUUUACUUAUAGAAAAGAUCAGUAAUUUAUUUAAAACAGUACCUCCUCCUGAAAACCAUAUAAAUUAUAAUAGGUCCUUGGAUCCUUAUGUGCCAGAACAUGAAUCCAAAGAAAAGGAAGCUCCUAAGAAAGAAAUUGUAAAAGUAGAUGUAGUUCAAAUUCGAAAAAAGGUGUAUCUAACAAGAAGUGAUCCAAAGUCUAGAGUUUUUAUUCCAGAGUUUAAAGAAGCAAAAUCUACACAGAAAAUGGAAGUUAAUGAUACAUACAAUAUGGAAGUUGAUGAUACAUAUAAAAUGAAAGUUAAUAAUAAACCCAACAUGGAAAUUGAUGAUACAGGGUUUAUUGCAUUUACAGAAGAACCUGAAGAAGAAAAACUGGAAGAACCACCAAAACAUAAAGUUAAGGUGAAAUAUAAAUCAUUGGUUGUCAAAAGGUUAAAAGGUGAUCCAAAUAGAAAUAAAAGGAAAAUUGAAAAUCUUAAACUUAAAAAAUCAAAAAAAUAAUUCUUUUAAUUAAGUUGUUUGUAUAAAUUAUAUGAUAAAUUUAUUAUUUUAUGACAUUUUUCUAUCUCCUAAAAAAAUUAGUAACAGUAAACUAAUAAAAUAAAACUUAAGAAGUU